UCCCAGGCGCGACCUCGGGGCCGGCACGUGACCCAGAAACUUCGGAAGCCCCGGGGCGGCGGGCGGCGGGGAGGAGGAGGCGGCGGCCGAGCUCCCCCGCGCGGCGGGCUCUGCGGCCGGGAGGCGCUCGCCCCGCGCCGCGCUCACCCCGCGCCGCGCUCGCUGCCUGGGCGUGCGGGAGCCGCGCCGGGGAGCCGCGCCGCAGCCGGGAGCCGCGCCGCAGCCGGGAGCCGAGCCGAGCCGAGCCGAGCCGGGGAGCCCGCGGCAGCGCGCGCCGGGCGAGCGGCGAGGCGGGCCCCGCGGGCGGCGGCGCCGGGGGACGCCGGGGGCCCGCUCGCGCGCGCGGCCGCAUCCCCGCCGCUGCCGCGGCCGCCCGGUUACCCCGAGCCGCGCGCUGCCGCCGGCCCCCGCUUCGCCCGCUGCUCCAGCCGCAUGGGAAGUUGGGGAGCAUGGACGGGGUCGUGCUGGCGUGGACCGCCGUCUUCUGGCUAACAGCCAUGGCUGACGGCCUUCAAGUCACGGUGCUCGACAAGAAGAAGGUGGCCAUGCUCUUUCAGCCCACCGUGCUCCGCUGCCACUUCUCCACGUCCUCCCGACAGCCUGCCGUCGUGCAGUGGAAGUUCAAAUCCUACUGCCAGGAUCGCAUGGGGGAGUCCUUGGGCAUGUCCUCUACCCGGGCCCAGUCUCUCAGCAAAAGAAACCUGGAAUGGGACCCCUACUUGGAUUGCUUAGACAGCAGGAGGACUGUCCGCGUGGUCGCUUCAAAACAGGGCUCGACCGUCACCCUGGGAGAUUUCUACAGGGGCAGAGAGAUUACGAUCGUGCAUGAUGCAGAUCUUCAAAUUGGAAAACUCAUGUGGGGAGACAGCGGACUCUAUUACUGUAUCAUCACCACCCCCGAUGACCUGGAGGGCAAAAACGAGGACUUGGCUGAGCUGCUGGUGUUGGGCAGGACAGGGCUGCUUGCUGACCUCUUGCCCAGUUUUGCUGUGGAAAUUAUGCCAGAGUGGGUGUUCGUCGGCCUGGUGAUCCUGGGAGUCUUCCUCUUCUUCGUGCUGGUGGGGAUCUGCUGGUGCCAGUGCUGCCCGCACAGCUGCUGCUGCUACAUCCGCUGCCCUUGUUGUCCGGAGUCCUGCUGCUGCCCUCAGGCCUUGUAUGAAGCAGGGAAAGCAGCAAAGGCCGGGUACCCUCCCUCUGUCUCCGGUGUCCCCGGCCCUUACUCCAUCCCCUCUGUCCCCCUGGGAGGAACCCCCCCAGCCGGCAUGCUGAUGGACAAGCCGCACCCGCCCCCCCUGGCACCAAGUGACUCCACGGGAGGCAGCCACAGUGUUCGCAAAGGUUACCGGAUUCAGGCUGACAAAGAGAGAGACUCCAUGAAGGUCCUGUACUACGUCGAGAAGGAGCUGGCUCAGUUUGAUCCAGCCAGAAGGAUGAGAGGCAGAUAUAACAACACCAUCUCCGAGCUCAGCUCCCUGCAUGAGGACGACAGCAAUUUCCGCCAGGCUUACCACCAGAUGAGAAGCAAGCAGUUCCCAGUGUCCGGGGACUUGGAGAGCAAUCCUGACUACUGGUCUGGGGUCGUGGGAGGCAGCAGCGGGGCCAGCCGGGGGCCCUCGGCCAUGGAGUAUAACAAGGAGGAUCGGGAGAGCUUCAGGUACAGCCAGCAGCGCUCCAAGUCCGAGAUGCUGUCGCGGAAGAACUUCGCGGCCGGCGUGCCCGCCGUGUCCAUGGACGAGCUGGCCGCCUUCGCCGACUCGUACGCCGCGCGCUCCCGCCGGGCCGACGGCGACAGCCACGAGGCGCGGGGCGGCGGCCGCUUCGAGCGCUCGGAGGCGCGCGCGCUGGGCGGCUUCUACCCCGACGGCUCGCCCGACGAGUACUACGGGCCGCGCGGCCGCAGCCGGGAGCCCCUGGGCGACGCGGGCCGCGCCUGGGCGCCCAGCCCCCCGCGCCGGCGGCCGGACGACGCGCCGCUGCCGCGCCUGGUGAGCCGCACGCCGGGCACCGCGCCCAAGUACGAGCACGGGCCGCGCGCCGGGGGGCUGGAGCGCCAGGCGCGGCCCGAGGGCGCCAGCCGCGGCGGCAGCCUGGAGACGCCGUCCCGGCUGAGCGCGCAGCUCGGCCGCCGCAGCGCCUCCUACUACGCCUGGUCGCCGCCCUCCACCUACAAGGCGGCCGCGCCACAGGACGAUGACGACGACGACGACGACGACGACUCCGCCGACGACCCGCUGCCGCCCUACAGCGAGCGCGAGCUGAGCCGCGGCCCGUCCUACCGCGGCCGCGACCUGCCCUACCACAGCAACUCGGAGAAGAAGCGCAAGAAGGAGCCCGCCAAGAAGACGAGUGACUUUCCAACCAGGAUGUCCCUUGUGGUCUGAUGUUUGUUUUGAAGACAUUUCUCUGGGUGACUAGAAAUCAGAAGCAGACCACUGGGACAAGACACAAACCUAAGAGCCAGCAGGCCCGGGACCUUCUCUGGCCACCACCUCAGAAGAUUUGCUGAUCUUUGCUUUGGCAAGGGAUUGGGGGGGGGGGCAGCCUUUAAGGAAGGCUGAUUCCAAACCUCAGCGUACAUCCAACUAGUAUGCGAAACUCAAGAAGAUGACUGUGUGUGAGAACAUCCCCACACAUGGAGUGUCUUACCCACUGAGUUCAUCCUGCCUGAUGUUCUUCCAUAGCUGAACCAGGAUUCCUUUUCCAGUUCUGAAAGGGAGUUAGCUCUGGACUGCUGAUCUCUAGAAACUGCCUCGUCCUCCAGUAUGUUCUUCUAUGCCUCCUGUGCUGUGCUUAGAGACAGAAAAACAUUACUACUAUUAGAAGAAGGUCUUGUACUGACAACAGAAGAUAGCUUUAGGCAAAAUAUACCUUUUAUCCCCAUCUCCUCCCAGUCAUGAGGUAAUGACUAUUGUUACACUAAAAUCAGAGGGCCCUUGGUGAGCUCAGUGACAGUGACCUGCAGGACAAUCACAGAAAUGACUUCAAUUUGCUGUUUUGAAUGACAGCUCUUGAGUGGCUAGAACAAGACAAAAGAGAGUAUCCCUUUUUGAAAAGCGGUGUAAGUGCUAUUUCUUUUUCCAUUCUGAGAACUUAAACUGCUUUUUCUCUUUCCGCUGUGCACAGUGACAUCCGAGUCUUGGACGUUAAGGGCUCUCCUCGUCCUCUCUUCUCCUGGACUUUCCACAUGUUGGUGCCACCCACAGAGCCCCACUUCCCUCUGCACUCUGAUUAAAUUGUCAUCAGGUGCCUUUUGAAAAAUGCUUAAAAUACACACAUGAAAGAGAGGAGGAAGGAAAAAAGAAGGAGAAAGCAGUUAUGCAAAAUAGAGAAUGACAAAAUAAUUGAAGAGGAAAAGAAUCUGUGAUCUCACUCUAUUUUGAACGUGGGCCAUUUUCCCCACAAAUUCAGACCCCAGUCUUCUCUGGUUUUAUACUUCAUUGGCCUUGAGUUGUUCCUGCCGUCCCAGCUCUGUCAUUCCAGGACCCCAGGGAUGGGUGGAACGUGCGUCCCUUCGCCUCACCAGGCUGCUGCUCCAGAUGCGUUGGGAAACGAGGGAUCUUGUUCUCUCAGGAAGGAGCACUUCCUGGUCCCACCCUGGCCUAAAUGAUAGAUUUUGCCUAAAUCCCAAAGCUAGAUAUUUCUGGAUUUUGCAGUUUGUACAGAUUGCAAGAAAUGGCCACACUUUCUUCCCUUCUCAGCAAGAGGUGCGGUCCGUUUCUCCACCUGUCCAAUCUGGGAUGGGCCAAGUGAUUUGAUUUGGCCAGUAGCCCAAAACAAAUGUAACACAAGCAGAGUCCUGAAAAAUUUUUGUGCAUGGGGCCUAUUUUCUCUUGCAAUCGCCACGAGGUAAACAAGCCUGGGCUGUCCCGCCGCAUGAUGAGAAGAACGGGCCCAGUACCCCGUCCAUCCCAUCUGACAGCCUGUCAAGUCUCAGCUGAUUGCAAACAGCUGUGCGAGCCGUCAAGCCCAAUGGGACAACGGCCUAGCUGAGCCCAGCCCAAAUUCUUUCCGACCCAAGGCAUGAGAAGUGCGUGCACCCUUUAAAUAUUCCUUUCUCUUCAAGGACAAGCUGUUUCUCUUUGUCUCGGUGUUUGUCCCUUAAUCCCCGACUCCAUCUAACCUUAGGUGUCUCACAGUCUCCACUUUCUUUGGCAAACGUCUGCCAAAGCUUUUCACCCUGCACCAUUAUGGUGGGACACAUGGUUGGAUCAAAAAUCACUGGGAGACAAUGAUGCUUGGCCUCCCAGCAGUGGUCAACUUUCUAUCUUCGAGUCCACGGGCAACCUCUGAAGGUUUCUUCUUCAGUAUCUUCUUGGUCUUGUCCAGAGCCACCUGACCGGAGCUGGGCCCUAGUCUCAGAGCACCAUUCCACUGGGAUCUUUACUUUGCGGCCUGUCCAAAACAGUCCUACAUGUGCAAGGAAAUAAAGAAGUGGCUGGUGAAGGUCGGGAGGAUGAGUUGCUAUCCUUGCCCGGAGGAGACCUGGCCUACCAAAGGACUUUGCGGUGGCUUUGGCCUGAGAGGAACCAGGGACAGCUCAGCCCAGUGCUGGCACUUCCAAGGGCAGGAAGACACGUGCCAUAACCUGGUGCUGAGUGUUAGACUUGCUGGUGUCCCCGGCCUCUGAGAGCCUAGGUCCCAUCUGUUUGGGCCCCACAUCAGAUGGGAAAGAUGACUAAACAUCAUCAUUUCUUAGUCACCAGCUUUGGAUUCCAACUUGCUCAGGCAAUCCUGGAGAAUAUUGGGUAGCUGCAGAGCUAUUAUCUCUUCAACUGAGCACUGUGUCAGGCUUCUCUCCACCAAAGAGCCCCAUAGCACCAGCUGCAGAGACCAGACAUAUUGCUUUUGUUAGCCAAGGGCAUGUAGGAUUUUGGAGAUGGUUCAGGGAGUCAUAGAGAAAGAAUUACUAAAAUUGGAAACCUGCAAUUCCAAAGAGAACAAAACUAUAGACCAUACAAUAAGAAAACACGAAGACAACAGGCUCCUGAAAUAACCUGGGGAGAUGGGACCAGGUUGUCCCCUGCAGGGCUGCAUAAAUCCCUGAAACUUGCAGAGAGAGAGAGAACACUAUUGUUUCUGGGUAUGAGGAUAGAGACAAGAACCGGCUGGACAAGUAAAGGCAAAGCUGGCCAUCCUCGGCACCCCGGCUUUUCCCAGUGGGUCCUUUGUUUUCUUCCCUGGAUAGUGUUUCCCACAGAGGAAGGGCUUAUAAAUAUUACCUUCCUUCCUAGCUUUUACUGAGGGUACAGAAUGUCUUACAUAAGAUGCGAUCUCUGUCCAUUGGGACCGGGCAGUUGACUAGCAGAAAUAAGACAUGCCCAAGAAAGAAGUAGGAGAUUUUAUGCACAUAAUGUGAGAUAUUGCUAUGGAUAACAACAAACCCAGAGAAUUAAAGUUUUUAAAUUUAAAUGGGUAUAUUUUGAUAUUUAAAUGUUGUGUGUGUUUGUCUGUCCAUUGUGUUUAAAGAUAAGCUCAAUGUUCUGAAAAGCCAGUCUUAAAAAAAGAUCUGACUGGAAGAGAUGGAUUAGGAUGGGGAGCGGUAGGAGGCAGAGGGCCCGGAGCGAUGAUGCCGGAGCUGCUGUGUGCCUGUGAGUCACAGCUGAGUCAGGGAUGUGUUGGAGAAGGGGGUGUGGACGCAGGUGGCAAGAGGUUUCCCUAGAACAGCUUCCUUUAGGCCAUGAAUAGGUUCACUAGGAAGCUGGGGACGUUUUCCCCGGACCUGAGGGUACGUGUCAGCCGAUCCUCCCAGGCUCGCUCCCGGGGACCUCGGCAUCUGCUUUUCCGGGGGCUCAGUUCUGCCGCCGCGAGUGCUGCUGGCCACCCUCCCCAGCGCAGAGAAAGUCUGGCAGAGAUAACAGGCCUCUCGUCUCCCUUCACGUCAUCCUCACUGGGCACCUGAGGGCCCUGCCCCUCUAGCCUGAGGCAGUCCAUGCGGAAAACACCUAGCGCUGUCUGUAAGUAUUUCUAAAUACUCUGAAAGACAGCACACAGGUGAGCUGACUAGGUUACCUGAUGACGUUCAGAGGCUGACGUAUUAGAUAUUGUUGAUCCAUCCCUUCUCUUUAUAGACGGAGAAAUAAACCAGAAUUGCUAUUAGUGAAGUUGCAAAUCUCAUUAGGCCUUUGGAUUCCAAGCCUAUAGAUCUCCAGUGUUUUCCCAAAUUUCCUAACCAUACAAAUUCCGCGAUUGCUGUUAAAAAUAAUACUGCUGGGCCCCACCCACCCUGGAGAUUGAUUAGGUGGGUCUGGAGUGAGUAUGGGUUCUUUUAAAAAAAUAUUUCAGCAGAGCCCUGUGAUCAGAUGCAUUUGGGGAAUGCAGCACUAGAUGGGUCAUACCUGUGGUGUGCCCCGAGCAGCUGGUCCUCAGGCUUCCUGGGGCUCGGGGGACGUCCGCAGAGGUCCUUUUACUCCCCCGGGGCUGGCAGUGGUGCAGCGCCCAGCAGUCUGGCUGCCGCGGUGGUGACUGGCUCACCAGGGUCCAGAGGUAGGAGAACUCUGUGAGGCAGAGAGAAAGGAAGGCUGGAAAUACCCCGCCCCCAGGAGCCGGUUCUAGAUGUUUCUAAUCCUAGAAUAAUGAUCUAUUGUGACAAUCUCAGAUCUGACAACAGGAAUUACAGGUAAUUUUCUCAUUCCCUUGAUGUCAUUCUGAGCAAAACUUAGAUCAUGAGUAGAAAGAAAAGAGACCACUGGGGAAAUGGCAAAUCAUUUUUUGAAGUGUUCAAAAAUAUUUUGAAGUUGAUCAGCCUGGCUGGUCGACUCCCACCUCCACCUUAACAACCCAAGCGGGGUGGGCAGGAAUAAGAAAAUCUACAUCAGAUAUACCCUCCUUCCAACAUCAGAUUUAGAUACUGCCAAAAUCUCGCUAGAGUUCAAAAUUUGAUUUAUAGGAUGUGGAGAUCCAAAUUCACCAAAAUAGGGCCCCAGGCACUUAAAGUCCUGGAGGAAAAAAGUGCCUGUUUUUUUUCUGCUAGGGUCCUACCUCCUCGUCACCCGGGAGGCUGGUCCGCGGAGCUGACAGGAGAGGCGUUUGCCAUCAGAGUGGAACAGACAUGAUGUUGAGCUGCUUAAAGCAGCAUCCUGAGUUCUGGCCCUGCCUGAGGGCGAUAAGUUCAAUAAGGACAGCAUUUGUGUUGUUUUCGUGGUGCAUUACUGUUUACAGAGCACUUGCACAGGCAUUGCAUCCGUGAUCCUAACACCCUCCUGCGACCGCGGCAAGGGGGAUGCUGUGGUCUCCUCAUCGAGAAAAGCUGAGCGAUUUGCCCAUAGUCCAAAGGUCUUUAAAGUUGUACAGCCAGGCCCUCUGCCUGUCUAGGGUUCUUCCCCCACGACUGCUGCCACCCGCCCGGGACGGUACCCGGCUGAUCCGUCCCUGGUGCAGACAGCCCUGGACCCCGCGCUCAGUCACACGCCCACCAGCGCCUCCGGGCGGUGAACUUGGGCAGCCCAGCACCACUCCUCCAACCGAGCUCUGCGUGGAGCCGGCCCCCCUCAAGGACGGUUUCUCUUUCACUGGCUGUGCUGCGAGGGGAAAAGGCUUUGACAACCAGCUGCUUCAGGUCCCUUUCUGAGGAGGCAUUUCUGAGCCAAACUACGAACUCAUCUAGACUCGGGAUGCCGGGGUUCGGGGUAACCUGCUUCGAAGUGAACCAUCCGGCACCUUCACUGCAUUUAGGGAUUAGACACUCUCCAAUGAGAACCUUCCCUUUGGGAACACACAAGAGGGGAACAGAAGGAGCAACAAGACAAAGGGGUCAGAAAUCUGUGUCACGAGAGUCACCUGCCCAGUUACUUGUGCCUUGUCUGUGGCAUCAAACUUAAAAUGUUGUAUCGCUCUUGCCCAUGAUUUUUUUUUUCAGUGUCAGAUAAAGUGAAUUUGCUUGUCAUGUUGUAAUCCAAAUAAAGUAUUUCACCUA